CAUCGCCCAGCUCCACCCCCGCCGUCAUGAAAUCCGCAGUGGCCGUCGUCCUCGUAGUGUGCGCAGCGGCCGCCGCCCACGCCGGGCUGCUGCACCACGCGCCGCCCCCGCCGCCGCCGCCGCCGCCCCCGCAGCACGAGAUCAUCUACGACUACGUGGCGCCGCCCCAGUACCGCUUCGACUACGCGGUGCGCGACGGCCACACGGGCGACGCCAAGACGCAGUGGGAGCACCGCGACGGCGACCGCGUCACCGGCGCCUACUCGCUCGUCGACGCCGACGGCACGACGCGCAUCGUCGAGUACACGGCCGACGACCAUAACGGCUUCCAGGCGGUCGUGAAGCGCGUCGGUCACCCCGCGCCGCCGCCCCCGCAGCCUCCGCGUCUUCCCGCCCACCCCGCCCCCGCUCCACACCCCUACCCUUUGCCUUACCACGGUUGAUCAACCAGGCCAGUGGUGAGCCCUACAUUCCCAUCCUCACUCCACUUUAUCAGACGAUAACUACUCCACGAACUCUCUCCCUAACCGUCUUUCUUUGAUUCAACUUACUUGUACAAAACUGCCUUGUUGAUAUCACACUGUUUGUUGAUAAAUAUAUUAAAAUAAAAUUGUUCGAUUAAAAUUC